GGGCGCUCACUUUAUACCGGUAAAACACUACCACGCCGCAAAUACGAAAAAGACGCCGGAUAGACCAGAUAAACACACGUUUGUGCUAUUUUUUAAAAUAUAAAAUUAACAUACCCUUUAUGCAUGAGUAUUUUUUUCAUAUAUUGGUACUUCCAUGCGUUAAUAUUACAUUUACUCAAUGGCAAACUUUGAGAUGCCAACGAAAACACAUAGGCUUGGGGUUUUUUUAGAGCUGAGGAAAAGGCUACAGAGUGGACUCCUGAUUGUUGGUAAAGAUGCGGCUAAAAGUCCAGCUGAUGUUGCUGUAACUGGCGGAGCUUCGUCCCUUUGCAUUCGCACCCUGCAAGGAGAAUUGCGCGUGGCCUUGCCAGCAGGGGUCGCUUUUGAAUCGGGGUCCUGUGUUCCAACGCCUGCCGGAGAAUCGUGUAUCGAGGAGAUGCAUUUCCGACUGCGCAUCAUGGUUUCACACGACUUAUGCGAAGAGGCUCCUGUCAGUGUGAUGGAGACACUCCGGGCAGAGGAGACUUAUUGCUUCCUGUGCCAGGGCUGCAUGACCAGGCUGCUGGAGGACAGAGAGUUUAAGCGAGUCCUCCCUCUGCCUAACUGUAACUGGAGCACCAUAGUGGACGAGUGGUGCUGCCACCCGAAUCCGUUUGCUGACAAGAAGCUGCUGCCCAGGGCUGAGGACUGUUUGGUUACCGACACCCACCUUCUCCUGCACAGAGACACCAGCUGUGAUCAAACUCUCACAGAAGAAGUGAGCGUUGUCCCUUCCAAGGACGGUCAGGAUUCAAAGAAACCUUGCAGGCGGCUGACUCUGGUGUCCUGUAAGAGCUGUUCUUCAGCAUUGGGAGAAGCUGUUGCACCAGGGAUCCUGAAACUGUAUUUCACUCAGGUGGUGGUAGAGCCUGCAGCGGGGGACCGAACUAUGGACACCUCACUGAACAGCAGGUCACGUUUCUUGGAGAAGACGAUAGCAGCCAUGCUGCUGAAACUGUCCAUGUCACUGAGCUCCUUCCACUUUUGUGUCCAAACACCUGAUGGGACAAACGUCUUACUGCUCUGGCUCUUGAACAGUGACUCCAUCAUAGCAUCAGUCCUGCAGACGUGUGCAGAGAGUUUGAAGUCUGUCAGCACUGAUGCUCUUCACAGUUCAUCACCCCCAGCAGCUCGAGCCCUGAAAGUCCUUUACAUCACCUGCUCCAACCCUGGGCCUGAGCAAAAAGACAUCAUAUCCAGUUGGGAGGUCAAUGUCAUCGGACAUCCUGUGGUGCUGCCACUGAAUGUGUGCGAGGAGUUGCUGCGGGUGAUGGAUGACAGCAAUUCUACGCUUCCUGCGUCAAUGUGUCACAUGAGGUCCUAUGAGGUUGCAUACUUGAGGCUCUGAGGUCAAAUGUUGGGAUCCAAGGGUCAAGACUUUCUCAGGUUGUGAGAGGAAAAUGCAGCAACAGAAAUAAUUUCUGUCUGACAUUUUCUACUUGUCUCCUCCUGAUUCUUGUGUCAACAUGUUUUACAGUUUAUAAAUACCUUCACAUGGAAUCAUAGUAACACACCGUAACACACCGUAACACAAAGCUGGAGGAGCAUGACAUCAUCCUAACAGCAUAUAAUUAAUGGUUAGGAAGUCUGUAUGUAUCCAGUGUACGUUCACUCAUUUCUUUUUACUGCUUUUGUAAUUUUCUUACAGUCGUCGACAGUAACAGAAUAAACUCAAAUAUCCCUGAAACUUUCUCCUCUUCUUUUUUCAUUUCGACUGUAAAGCGCUGCUUGUUGAUAGGCGGGCCAUUGUUCUCGACUUGGCUCCUGAUGAAAGCUUAUUAUAGAGCUUGUUAAGCCUCAGGGUACAACAGAGCAUCCUCCACUCCGGUGUAAUUAUGGCUUGUGCAGUGAGGUGAUUUUUGUCUAGUUGUGGGUUUAACGUCAAUGUAGUGUUUCGGUGAUUGAUUGUUUUUAUGUAACCUGUGCAGCAACGAGAAUGAUUGUAAAAUGUAGUUAAAUCCAAAAAUGGGCCUUUAAUUUGAAAAUAAACAAUUUGGCUCGUGUACUUUGUGUAUUGUGUCAGAGGAAGAAAAUUAAGCAACAUGUAUGCAAUAAAACUCAGAAAAUGAUUCGUGAUUCGCAAAUCCUUAAUGUAAGUAGUACUUUGUGUGGUUUAUCCACUACUGUAUGUAUAAACAUAGUUAAACCCAAGACUUGGGGUUUAAUUUUGACCCA